AUGAUCCCGCACUGUUUACAUGCGGCUUGCAAACGUGUCAAGAUGCGCUCAAUGAAGAGCAAAAUUUCUUCUUCAAUAAUUCACCUUUUUGCGUUAUUUCUCGUUUUUAAUACAAUAAAUUCGGAUUUGCUCGAUGCCCGAGUGGAUUUUCACGUCGAUGGAGAUGGAUUUCACAGGACGAUUUAUUAUUUCGUGGACAUACCGAAUUUGACGGAGAGGGAUUGUCAUGUGGCGUUGUAUCUCGAAUUACCGCAAUUUUUGUACGUCAAUAUUGAUGAACUUGAGGAUUUGAGGAGGAUUGGUGAGGACAUGGCCUGUUCCGAAGGCGAGACAGACGUUGAGAUCUUCGCGGAGGAGGCAAAGCCCCAGAGCAUUACAAUGUGCUCAAAGCUGAACGAAACCAACAGUAUCCUGAGCCUCCCAGUGCAUCAGAGGUACCAAAGAGCCAGGAAGGGAGGAGGCCUAGUCUCUGUAAUUUUACCCACCCCCAAAUUACUUCUCGGUUGCAAGAAUCGAAUCAAAGAAUAUCUAGUCUCUAAAAUUGAUCUUUGUGCGCCUUGUGUAGAUUUAUCGACCAAGUGGAGAGAAAUUCCGUAUGAAACUAAAACCAAAAGUUACGAAUGGAAAGUCCCAGUUGGAGAUUUAUCCCAGAGGCAUUUUGUCACUUGUAUCACAUUAUUCGUGACCUCAGUUGGCACAAUAUGGAUCCUGAAAACCCUUUGGAAAUCGAAGUCAAGUAGACGAAGAAAAAUGGACUAAAGUGGGUGUCAUAUUCAAAUAAAACUUCAAAUAAUUCCAAACCUAUCAUUUUUUAUGGAUUUGGAACUUAAUUUAUGUACAUAAUAAAUAUUAAAUAGCUACAUUAUGAUAA